AUGUUUCACUUUAUCCCAGCUAAAGUAUCUCCGUUUGAGUGGAACGGAUUGAAGUCGACCCUCCUGGGUUCGCCCGUGGAGCUGCGAAUGAGCUCAGACAGUUUUUCUGUCGCCAAUGUGACUGUAACGAGGGCGAACGCGAUCAAAACGAAGAAGUACGACGUUCAUACGAUAUCAAGCCUUCUUUUCCCGCCGACAUCUGUGAUUUCAAGUAUCCGAGGCGGGGAACUAGGUUCGGCAAACGCCGAGCCUGCGGUAAGGAGCAGCGCGCCGAUUCUUUCGCGGCACGGCGUUCGACGGGACUCAUUCCGAGAUCCUGUCUUCGACGAUGAUUCGCAAGAGGCUCUGUUCACCGACCCGCAUGAGGUUAGCGACGACAUUGACGGCCGUAGGCUCGCUCGGAGGCAGUUUUACGCGAGGCCGCGCCAUGGCACGAGUUCCGACGGCUGGAAUGACCAGUCGGAUGGCGGGAGCUCAGGGACUCACGAAGACGGGAAUGAGAGCUCUUACGAGGUGUGGGAGAAUCAAGAGAGCGGGGUCGACUUUGGCGACGGGGGACUGGCGGACGUGCGGCGCGCGCUGGCAGAGGACGCGACGGAUGUGACUCCGCGGUGGGAACAGGGGAGCGCGGGAGGCGGAGGAGCCGGGGAAGCAGGCGGAGAUGCAGCGCGACGGUCGGCGCUGCUGGAGCAGAUGCUGUCCGCCGAUCUGCGCCUCUCCGCCUUCGCGCAGGGCUCCGACCCCGGACCUGAACCCCCCGUGACACCGUCCACCACUAUCUCAACGGGAGUGAUCAUAGGCAUCGCUGCGGGCGGCAUCGCUCUCCUCUGCUCCACUGUUGCUGUCGUGCUCACCGCGUUCCUCUGCCUCAACAAAAAGCGACAAAAAGCUGCAGACGUCUCUCCAGGCAGCAAGAUCAACAACACCAACUAUGACCCUGAGUCUGCAGCAGCCGCUAUAGCAGCAGGAGCCAUGGCAGGCGCAGGUGCAGGAGCAGCAGCGGCAGGAAACCACAUCCACUCGAUAAUCGUGGGCGGCACGUCGGACACGCCCCUGCUGUGCCACCAGUACCCCCUCUUCCUCAUCAAGCAGAUCCACGAGAUGGCAUCGAAGCACCACCCGAACCUGGUGCGGCUGCUGGGGUUCUGUCUGGACAUGGAUGUGGUGAACGAGCGCACCGAGCAAAUAUUAAUCUACGAGUACAUGCUCAACGGCGACCUCGAGACCUGGGUGGGGCCAGGUGAGACGGAGAGACCUGGGUGGGGCCAGGUGAGACGGAGAGACAAUGGGUGGGGGGAUAGGUGCAUGGUGAGGUGCACCGAGCAGAUCCUCAUCUACUACGAGUACAUGCUCAACGGCGACCUCGAGACCUGGGUGGGGCCAGAGGCACCCAAGACCCUGACACUGUCGCAGCGUUUUAACAUUCUGAUCGGAGCAGCGCACGGGCUGGAGUAUCUGCACAGCUUUGGCAUCGUGCACCGCGACAUCAAGCUCGCCAACAUCCUGCUGGACCGCCACAUGCACGCCAAGGUCGCCGACUUUGGCCUCGUGCGCAUGGGCGAGGGCACCUCCGUCGGCACCACCCGCAUCCUCGGCACUCCCGGCUACGUCGACCCUGCAUACACUCGCACGCGCAGGGCCACAACGGCAACCGAUGUGUACAGUUACGGGAUUGUGAUCCUGGAGGUCAUGACCGGGCAGAGGGCGAUGAUGGGCGCAGGUGAACGACAAAUCAACAUCAAGGACUGGGCUGAUCAUCAUGUGCUUGCUCGCGAUGCCAAUAGCCUCAAAGACCCUCGCCUCGACAUCCCCAUACCUGACGACCUCAUGCUGCGCAUUGCUCGAUUCGCCCUCACCUGCACUUCUCUUCCCACUGCAAAUCGACCGACCAUGAGCCAGAUCUACACCGAGCUUAAGAAUAUGAAGCAGGAAUGCUUUGGAGUCGAGGAAAAUGUAGCUGCUAAUCUAGUGGAUGCGGAAAUUUCAAGCGUUGUAAAGGAAGCCGCUAUUCCGCUUGAUGAGCAGAUAGCUCAGAUUGAGCUUGCAUCAGAUGCAUCUAGCAUGGGAGCUUGGAAAUCCAACCCAUCUGGGUCUGGAGUGUCUAUGUAA